CUCUGCAAAGCAGAGCAAGCAGUGCAAGAGAAAGCAGGGGAGAGGGAGAGAGCUAGUGCUGGAGCUGCUUCGUCUGACUUGGAACUGUCUAAGUCUGGAUGUCCCCCACUUUAAAGAGAACCCCACAAGACUCCAACCCUGCAGAUUAGAAGCCCCAGCAGCUACCAUGGAUGAAGCUAUCCACAGUUUGCAGGAGAGACAGUUACUGGAGCACAGAGAUUUCCUGGGAAUGGACUACCCCUCCUUAUACCUGUGCAAGCCCAAGAGGGGAAUCAAGAGAGAUGACAGCAAGGAGACAUAUAAACUGCCUCACCGACUCAUUGAGAAAAAGAGGAGAGACCGAAUAAAUGAAUGUAUCGCGCAGCUGAAAGACCUUCUGCCUGAACAUCUCAAACUCACGACAUUGGGGCACUUGGAGAAAGCAGUGGUGCUGGAGUUAACUUUGAAGCACUUGAAAGGUUUAACGUCCCUGACGGAGCAGCAGCAUCAGAAGAUCAUCUCAUUACAGAACGGAGAACAUUCAAUGAAAAAUCCCAUCCAGUCAGAUCUGGACGCUUUCCAUUCCGGUUUUCAGACUUGUGCCAAAGAAGUUCUGCAGUACCUCUACCGGUUUGAGAGCUGGUCAGCCCGGGACCAGAGGUGUACCCAGCUCAUCAACCAUCUCCAUUCUGUGUCCAGCCAGAUCCUGCCCAGCUCUCCGCUCCUGUUACAGCAGAUUCCUGGUGGGAAAGCACCUUCGCCAUCUCCGUCUCGAGGGGUUCAAAAAGUAGAGAACCAAGCUAACUGUGUUCCGGUCAUUCAAAGGACACAAAACCUGGAAUUGAGUGAAAAUGACACUGAUACCGACAGUGGGUAUGGGGGUGAGGGGGAGAAGAUGGAGACUAAAAAUGAGGGACAAAGUGGUGGCAAGGGCCAAGAAGCCAACAGUGUGAAUGUCAAACAGGAGCCACUGGAUGAACCGUCACCUAAAAGGUUUAAGGCAGAAUGCUCAGGAUUGGGAGGGCCAGCCAUUGGCUCUGACCCUAUUCUCAGACCUGAUGCCAAUCUUCUCAACACUUUGAUGGGAUUUGGAAGUGGUUCCUUUGGUCAACAAGCACCUUUCUGUUUACCCUUUUACUUAAUCUCGCCCUCGGCAGCAGCUGCAGCAGCGGCAUAUAUGCCUUUUUUAGACAAAGGUGGUUUGGAAAAAUACUUGUACCCAGCGGCUGCCCCAAUCCCUUUCAUCUAUCCAGGAAUCUCAGCCCAGGCAGGAAGCACUUUCCCAUGCCUCUCCUCUGUUUUGUCCCCCGAAAAGAUGCCAGGCUGUUUCUCAGCCCUAUUGUCAGAGCUCCCGGCAUCACCUUUCCAAGCUGGUGGUCCUACCUCACUGGCCACUGAGGACCUUCGGGAGCCUUUACAAGACCUCUUGCAGCCUCCUAAGGAGAACUGAUUAGAAGACACUGGGAAUUUAAGCAAAAUCUAUAUACUUAUAAAUAUGUAUGUAUAGGGAGCCUCUCAUUUUUGUAGCAAGUAUUGAAGUAUCUUACUGGAUCAACAUUAGGGUUGUAUAUUGAUGGGACGGAUGAUGGCUGCUUUAAUUUAACUCACAAAGUGCUAGUUUAGUCAAGUGGAGGUUAUAAGUGGAAGGCAUGUAAGUCUGAAUAUACUUUUUGUUUAACGCCCAAUCCCCCCUCCCAGCGCCUGGUUAAAAAAACAUAAAGAUGUAGGGCAAAAUUAAGAAAAUUACACAAAGUGUACAAAAAAAGCUGGUGACUUUUAUCAGGUGAACUAUUUUUUGUCAGGCAGGCAUAAGCAGUCAUCCUAUAUAGACUAUAUAAUUUCAGGUUCUAAAGAUGACUCCCUUUAAGCUAGACAAGUGGUCCGUCCAAACGUCUAAAAAUAGCAGAUUCUCAGCAGAAUACAGAAUGAAAAAAAAAAAAAAAUUAUAUACAUAUAUAUAUAUAUAUAUAUAUAUAUAUAUUAUAAUGUGUAUGUAGAUGGUCCACCAACUUUUCUAAAGUAUAGGUGGAGAAAUUGGAAUAAAGAAAUAAAAAUUUUAUUGCAAUUGUCUAAUAGUCACAAAAAAAUUAUAAAAUUUUUAUACGCUACAUAUUUUUCAGCUAUCAAACUCUCGCAUAAAGUUUUUAAAAAAUCCCCAAAUUUCGUGAAAAAUCUUCACUUUUUUUGUUAAUACAAUUUAUUGUAAUAAUCAACUUAAAUCAUGAGCUGAGAUUUCAUUUUCAAAAAGACAAAAAUUCAAAGCAACAGUCCAAGCUAAUAGAAUUCUACAGUAGACAAUCAGAGUAGAUGUGGUGCUUGGGUCUUUCCUCUGCCAUGUACAAAAGACACCUGCCAAGCAGCGUGAGAAUAAUGGGUAAUUAUUCCAGUAGAUUUUAUGCCGUAACCUGUUAUAUAAGAGAGGUGUAAUUAUACCUUGUUUGGCAGAUAAAGAAUAUUGUGUUCUCAGCUCUUUCACCGAAAUGGGCUCAGCCAAUACAUUAUGUAAUCAACCUCUUACGUAGAUUAUUUAAUUGGGCAAAAGCAUGCCUCGGCCCAUGUGACUUGCUAGUAUGUUUAUAGACUGUAGGUUUGUUGUACUACGUCUCCGCCCUGUGACCACACAAUAUGAUCCUGUGUCCCAGCCAGAGCCAUCUCCAUUUAGUGUUAAUGUUGGUCUUGUAUCCAUGGGUUUGGGGGCAAUGAAAUUUUGCUUUUUUUUUUUUUCAUUUGUUUUGCUGUAAAAACAAAGCCUGAAUUGUGUUUAAAAAAAAAAUCUAAAUUCAGAAUCCUUCCAUUUAGAGGAGAAAAAUUGAAGAAAAUUUUUCACAACUUUUUUUUUUUUUUGCUGGAGCAAGUUAAAAAAAAAAUUUUUUUUAAAUCACAAAAAUUCUUUGUGAUAUUUCAGUAUUUUUUUUUUUUUUUCUAUAUGUUGGGCUUUGAAGUGGUUAUAACUGUAGAUUCUGAACUCUCGUUUCUAGUUGCACUUUAAUUUUACCAGUUUCUUAAGUUCCACUUGAUAAACUUGCACUUGACGUCUUGACGAGAUUCUUCUUUCUUCUUGAUACUUGAAAGUGGAGUUUAGUGAGAAAAAAUAUCCAUGUAAAUUGUCAAAAACAGCGGUAGCACUUUAUCGGUUGACUGGCCGUGAAUGGGGUGAUGUUCGUCUGAUGUCUCUUUGAAUGGUAGUAAAAGUGUGAAUCCCCAGUUCAAAUUUUUUUAUUAUAUAGUUGCUCAAAAGAAAAAAAAGUGCACUGAAAUAAAAAAAAUAUAUUUAUUUGUAGCUUAUAAAAGUUAUUACUGAAUUGAUAAACUGGAAGAUGGACUCCACCAGUUGUAGAUGUUAGAACUACAAGUCCCAGCAUACUUUGCAAACCAGCCAACUGGGGUUUGUGGCAAUGUUGAGACUUCUUGUCUGUUAACCUCUUGUGCACUGGAGACAAUUGUGUUUACUGUUCUGACAGCAGAAGGAUAGAAACCAUUCCACCAAGUAGUGAUUUGUUUUAUAUGUUGCAGGGAAGGGUCUAAUCCUGUUCAAAUGAAUGCCCUUUAAGGGGCACGUUGAAUGUCUGUGUGGUGCUGAGCACCUGUUUACUGGACUUUGUCUCUUUAACAAAAGUUUUGGUUUUUAUAUUAAAUGUAUAUACAUAUUUUUGAUGUCUUGGGCUACAAGCCCAUCACCCAGUAUGUGGCUAAAACCAUUGCAGCUGAGGUGACUUGGCGCCGUCCCUUGGUGUGAGUCCCUUGAUGGUGAGGAGGUGUUUAACCAAUCAGACCCUGACCUUGUCUCUCUACCUGUCAGUGUUACCAUGUUUUGGACUAAUUUAUAAUGACUCCUUUUAUGCUUACUCUAGAUGAAUAGCAUGAUGGUCUCCAGCUGUUGUACUAAUACUACAACCUACAACCUGCCAUGCCAACCGCCGGAGACCAAAAGGUUACUUAUCUCAGAUCUAGAUGAAAGGGCAGUUCCAGUCAUGGUGGAAAAUUAUCCUACCUACCCAGUUCCACCAUCUUGCUCAUAGGGGGCAGUAUGAUAGUAGUUUUUGCACAUAGGGACAGUAUUAUGGUAGUCAUAUACAUGUCCAAAGAGGGCAGUAUUACAUUAUAGUUUUGUUCAUAGGAGCAAAAACUGCAUUACUCAGCAGGGGGCGACAAUGAGCACUGGAGAAAGCUCCUUCCAGUGUAGACUGUGAAAUCUGUGCUAUCUACUAAAACAAUGGGAUUGAAUUUUUGAAUUCAAAGAAAAAGGGUAUCUAGCAAACCUUUUCAAGAUGUCUUUGAGAAUACUUACUUUUCCAUGGAUAGUAAUAUCAGCAGUGAUUGGAAUUGCUCUUUAGUCUUCAGGCCCUUGAUAUCCUUUUUGUGACCCACCACCCCUUUUACAUGAAACCUCUUAAUGUCUAACUUGGACUGUGCAUUUCUUUAGAUACUAUAUGGAGGUGCUAAGGUACUGAUUGCCUUAAAAAUUCUAUCGCAUGCCAAACUUUUUGUAAUUUUGUCAGCCUGUAGCUCUUUUGGGACCAGAGAUCCCAGCAGACUUUGUAGUUCAAGCUACAACUUAACCCCCACCCUCCACCACACACACAUGAGCUGAUAGAUGGACUACUCCAUAGACAGACCUUUCACCCUACUCCUUUUUAAUGUUUUAUUAUUUUUUCAAAAACAUUUUUCAUUAUUUUUAGGGACUUUAGAGAAUCUGCUGUAAUUCAGAAUUUGACAAGUCUAAAGUUGUAAAAUCUUGUCCUGGAGGCCACCAGACAGCGGAGAUAAUGAUGGAGGAAGCUUCCUUCUUUUUUUAAUAGGACUUAAUAAGACCUUGUCUAGAUAUUUAUAGGUUGUUGCUAAGGUAGCACUGUGAGAUAUCGCACUUCAUUGUUAUGUAAGAGGUGAGAUGCGACAGAGAAUGACUAAGGGUGAAUAAUCCCUGUUUUUUUUAUUUUAUUUUUUGUAAUUUUUCGCUGCUGUUUGCCUCAAACGCUGUGUUUAAACAACGUUCUACAAACUUUACGAGCCAACGCUGUGGCCGGUUUUGUAUAUAGAUGUGAAAUACAUCUGAAACGAAUGAUGUCUGAUGAGCUAUUUUUGUAAAGGGGGUCAAUUUUUUUUGCGAUUUAAUAUAUGUUAUUUGGAAGGAUUUGCAGUAACAGAAGUUGUACUUUUGUUGCAAUGCUUUUUGCUUGGUAUAUACUGUGUGCUACCAUAAAUUAUUGAAAUAAAAUACAAAAAAGUGAGGAAAAAA